UGAAACCCAAACAACCUCCUGCACCAGGCGAUAUAUCCACCGCGGCGCCCUCCAGUUCGUGUUGCCUGUCACCGUCAACGCCGCGACACUGAUCCCGGUUUUUGGAGGCCCGCCCAUUCUUACUGUCGAGUUGCAGUCAUUGAGAGCGGCUUGCAGCAACAGAGAUACGGAUACGAAUGCGGACAACGUGCACGCGCGCCUCACGUUCCUCGUCGUAGCCGUCGCCGUGCCAGCCACACCGCCCAAAUUGCCCAAGUAUACAGGCCAUUGUGCACCGUAUCCCUAAUCGCAACUACCCAUGACUAUGAAGCGCAAGUUCUCCUUCAACUUGGCGCCCGUUAAGAUUCCCGGCAAGACGGGCGCCGCCAAGGAGAAGACGCCAGAGUCCACGCCGGCGCAGGCCCAACCGCAGAAGGAGUCGCAGUCACACAGGAGGCAUCAUUCGAAUGAUGUUUUCCCCCAUCUCGCCGCCUAUAUCAGCCGCCAGCCGCUUGACGCCCACACAGAACGCGAGCUGCGCGUGGCAUGUCGCCUCAUUCUGCAGAACUUCAAGCCGUCCGACCAUGGCAUGGAAGACACUGAUCCCCGCCUGGACUUUGGUGCAAUGAACAGGCGCAAAGGCGAGCAGCAGAAGACUGCAGCAGGUGCCGCAGGUGCAAACGAUGUCAGGGUUAGGAUGCCUACAGGAGCGCCUGUGGACCUGAAGACUGCCCUCGAAGCCAGGAGAUUACGAGCAGAGGCAGAAGCAAAGAAGGCUGCACAAAGCGCCUUGCCUGUUCGCACCAAGUCGGCUCGACAACGAUUCGACGAUGCCUUUUCUGAUGAAAGAGGACGCUCUGCGGCAAAGAAGUACACCACUGUAAAGCCAGCACCUACGGAGACCACAGUGCAGAGGGGACGUUCUCAGCGCACCAGACAGGAGUCUGGCGAUGCUGAUAGUCUCGCCACACCCAUGACCGGCUCUACCACCGACGCCUGCUUCAAUCAGGCAUCGACCGCACCCUCGUCCGCGGCACUCACAUCAGGACGCACAUCUAAUCGUCAUUCUCGCCAGCUGGAACCAGCGGCGAUUGCAGACGCUCAGGCUGCUGAGUGGAUGCGGAAGGAGCUUGAGAGGAGGAGACAACAGAACGACUCCCCUCAGCAAUCACCUGCUACCGCCGCUCGACCACCAAGCCGUGCGCGCAGUAUUAAGAACAACAUCAAAGAGUAUAUUUUUCCGGGCAGCACAACUGUGUCCCGAGCUCCCUCUCGAGCACUGAGCCGGACACAAUCUAGGGAAUCUUUAGCUCUAUACGACGAUGAUGAUGUCGAGCCAACGCGAACUGAAUCUCAGCGCGGCUGGCGAAGUUGGGGCUCAAGAAUAAGGGUCAACUCUAGGAGCAACAGCAGACCAGGAACGAGGGGUCGUGACGCUGAGUCCGAUCGUAAGAAGUCCGAAGUAAACCUCAAUCGGGAGCUGCCACCUCUGCCUAGCCUUGAUUCCUGGAAGGGCGAGGUCAAGCCACAGCCAGAGCUGUCGAGUUCGCACAUCGCCAGCGUCAUGCGCGCCCAAGACAAGCAACAAGGCCCAUUCUCGCCAACACGAAGCCAUCACAGCCACAGGAGAAGUGGGUCUGACACUCUUGCUGUGCAAUACGCGCAAGCUUAUCCCCAGAGUCCAUCUGCACACAGCCAUCGAUCGCCCAUGUACAACAAGCAGAGAGCAGACUCGAAAAAGAGCUCUCCCCGACCGGACCAAGGCGAAAUUUCCCAAGUACUGACUGGCUGGUCUGCAUCGGCUGGGAAUCUAGCGCCCCGCAACGGCCACGUUCGUCACCAGAGCACCGAUAUUUCAUCUCUUGGCAAGAUGAGCAUGGAGCAGAACAGCUUCCCGCGGACCACCAGCGUGGACACUCCGGAUCAACACGCAUUUCAUAAUGUAGAGAAGCUGCAGAAGACUCAGCAGCAGAGCAAAUUGAAGAAAGUGUUCAGCGGAUGGAUGCUGAGGAAAGAGAAGAAGGUGGACUGGAUGUCCAAGGUUGAGAAACAAGGUGUAAAGGAGGGUGUUCUUGUGCAGGAAGACCACACACAUGGACCCGCGGCGCGCUACUAGAGAUUGUGCACUGGGACCAGGCAUUCUGGGUUUCCUUUUCUUGUUGUACAUUUUCAUGAUUCGGCAUGGCGUUGGAUACACAGACACGGCCGGUCCUCUCAGUUCUAUUCCCAUGCUUGCAUACACUCAUCACUACUAUACUAAUCCUUUCACGAAGUAAUGCGUAAUGCGCCAUGAGCUGUUCUUUAUGCUAGCGAGCAGGCGCGGCAUGCAUUGUUUGCAUUCUAUCCGAAUCGAAGAAGCUAGAUUCAGCAUCCGCAAUCAUUGUGUCGUUUUAAGUCCCAAUCUUUGCUCUUAGCUGCCACGUUUAGGCAAUAUGUGUUCGACAACUUUCAGGCCGCGGGAUUUUCCGUGAUAAUAAAUAGACUUUACUAUGGUUGCAG